AUGUCACUAAAAGCCAGCAAAGUACCUCAGAAAUGGAAAUCCGCUAAUUUAUUACCACUCCCUAAAGAAUCACCAUUAAAUUCGUGCAACCAGUUAAGACCAAUCUCUCUGACGGACAUCAUCAUGAGACUAUUCGAGAAGUGCGUGUAUAAAUCUGAAAUCGAACCUAUCACAAGAAAUAACAUUGGUCCUGACCAAUUUGCUUAUAAAAAGGGUCACAACUCGACUAUGGCUCUGAUUAAAUCCCAACAUCAAUGGCUAGAGUGGCUGGAUAAAAACGCUAAUUAUGUUAGAGUGCUGUCGUUCGAUUUUAGCAAAGCAUUUGACAGUGUGCCCCACGAUCUUUUGUUUGAAAAAGUUAAAAAGCUACCCAUUAAUCCGUAUGUGGUGAACUGGUUAAUUAGCUUUCUAGAAAAUAGAAUACAAAGAGUAAUGGUUGAUGGAAUGGUUACAGAAUAUUUAUAUAUUAAUCGUGGUGUCCCUCAAGGUACUGUUUUAGGCCCAGUUCUUUUCUCAAUAAUGGUUGAUGAUAUUAAAACUGCUGAUCCUAGUAAUGCGUUAGUCAAAUUUGCUGACGAUUUGACGUUAGGAGUGCCUGGCAACGAAAGUGGUGACACAUCUCGAUCUGAAGCUGCCUGUUUACAGGAUUGGGCGGAAGAGAAUAGAAUGCCUUUAAACUUGGAAAAAACGUACGAAAUGGUUGUUCGCAGACACACCUCUGUAGUUUUGCCCGAGCUUAUCCCUUCAAUUAAGCGAAAAACAUGGCUAAAACUUUUAGGAGUUACUCUACAAGAUAAUCCGUGCAACUGGGAUUUGCACUUCGAAGAAAUGCUCAAAAAAGCAAGUGGACGAAUGUACAUUAUGAGAGUUUGCAAAUACUAUGGACUAUCAAUUAAACAAUUAGAUCUGCUGUUUGAUAGCCUAAUUAUGUCGAUAUUCACUUUUGCUGUUGAGCUGUGGGGUUGUGCAUAUGACGGUAAAUAUUUGAACCAAAUAGAUAAAUUCAUUAAACGUGCACAUAAGAAUGGUUAUAUAUCAAAACGAACACACAUUAAAGAAAUACGUGAUAAGAGAGAUAAGAAACUGUGGAACAAAAUAACAUCAACUGAGGACAAUGCAUUGUUUGAACUGCUGCCGGAAAAAAGAAGUAGGUUACUUAGGCCUAGAGGGCAUGAGUAUGAACUCCCCCUAGUGAGAACAGAAAGAUUCAAAGGUCGUUCAUAA